AUGGCUAGCCCCGAAAGAAUCGAGAAGCUGUCGAGUGAGCACGUCGAAGUGCGCUCUUCAUCUCACCAACAGGAUCGAUCCGAUGCGGCGGCAAGACAGGCCGAGUUUGAAAAACAGCUCAGUUUCUUCGAGACCUUGAGAGUCUUCUGGAGAUGCACGAUCUGGAUCCUGUACGGGCAGCUCGUUGUUUUUGGCUAUGGAAUUGACGGUGUCAUCGCCGGAAAUCUGUUGGCCAUCCCAAGAUUCAGAAAGGAUUAUGGGGUUGCAUUUGGCGAGGGAGAGGCCGCUACUUACAUCAUCCCCGCAACAUGGCAGAGCUUAUACGGAGGCGUAUCUCAGCUUGCCGCUAUUUUUGGAGCCAUAUCUACGGGGUGGAUGGCUGAUAAGAUCGGGAGACGUUACACAAACAUGGUCUUUUGCUGUGUUUCCGUCGUCGGUGUCGGCAUACAGUACCUUUCGACCUCGAACGGCUCUCUUGGCGUGCUCACAGCUGGUAAAGCCGUCAAUGGACUGCCAAUCGGCGCCUGGCUGGUGCUUGGCCCGCUGUACGCAUCCGAAGUGGCCCCCUUACAGCUACGUGGUUGGCUUACGGCCAUGACCAACUUCAUCCAGUUUUCCGGAACCCUGCUGUUCACGGGCAUCAUGUACAAGCUUGGUCCGGCGGACACUGAGAAUGCAUACGUCCUCCCAUUCGCCUGCCAGUGGAUCAUCCCGUGCAUCGUCAUCUUGACGGUGUGGGUUUGGCCCGAGUCGCCCGUAUGGCUCGUUCGUCAGGGACGUUUGGGAGAAGCAAAACGAUCCCUUCGACGGCUUCAUGGGGACCCGGAAGACAUCGAUCGCGACGCGAUCCUUGCUCUGAUUCAGGAGACUGUCCGAGCCGAAUCCGAGUUGCGCGAAGAGAUUUCAAGCGUCUCCUACGCCACGGCUUUUGCAAAGGCUGACCGGAAAAGAACCCUGACCUGCAUGUUUAUUUAUGGGUGUCAAUAUCUCUCUGGGCUCGUGUUUGUUCUCGGCUACCAAUCCUACUACUAUCAACUUGCAGGGAUGGGCGCGCAGAAGUCAUUCCUCCUCAGCAUGAUCAACAACAGCAGCAUGUUUGUGGCUAACAUUCUGUCCUGGCCUUUGUUGACAGUUGUUGGACGAAGGCCGUUGAUCGUGUGGGGCCAACUUGCGUGUGCCUGCAUACUGAUGGUCGUUGGAGGUACAUCGAUUGGGACGACGUACGCGACAACCAUUGUGACGAUAUCCUUCAUGUUCCUUUGGGGAUUCGUCUAUCAGAUCACCCUCGGAACUGUUGCGUGGACAGUGGUAGCUGAGAUUCCUUCUUGGAGACUCCGCUCACGAACUCAAGGGCUAUCGAAUCUAGUCCUGUGCCUCGUGCAAUGGCUGAUUGGCUUCGUGUUUCCGUACAUGUUCAACCCCGACGCUGGAAAUUUGCAGGGAAAGGUCGGCUUCAUCUUUGGGGCGACAACCUUCUGCGGCUUCCUUGGCUGUUGGUUCCUUUUGCCUGAAACAAAAGGGAGGACUGUAAUUGAGCUUGAUGAGCUAUACGCAGCAGGGGUCAAGCCAAGGCACUUCGGUAAAACCAAGCUUGAGGAAGGCGGUAUCUCGAAGGGAACUGAAUCCGGCUGA